AAGUGUUAAUUUCACAGACGAAUGACUACUACAUGGCAGGUAGACAAAGACGUGAGGUAGACUUGUCGAGGAACAUGUCCUCUCAGUUCAAAUGGUCCAGUCUCCUUGUCACAACCCUCGAGAGUGCUGUUACAAUACGCACAAAAAAUAACAGUUCAUAGGUCAUUACUUCAAUUCGAAUAAAAUAAUCGAUACACUCAAGAAGAUAAGAGAGUAAAAUCAGCUUGAUCAAAGCUGCCUCUCAGUUGAUUAGUGGAUUCUGAUGACGCCACCAACCAAGUCAUUCCCAACCAAAAAAAAGAAAAUUAUCCAACAUUUGGAUUCCAUUCACCACCAGCCAAUCAUCAUCAUGGCGGAGAGCUCGGAAGAGGACUCGAGACCCCGAACCACGACAUUAACUCUCUCCAAGGCUAUCGAUAUGGAUCCUGUAAUUCCAAGAUCUCAGUCCUUGUCGUCAAGAAUUGUGGAGAAAACAAGCAAGAAGCUCCUGAAAACUUUUAGCUCAAGAACCAAGACGGACUCGGAGAGCUCCGAUCAGUUGCCUUCUAUUUACUGCAGUCGCACUGUCAGUUCGCCAUUGGAGACUCCAGCUUUGCAUCGCUCAACACCGGACUAAGCUCGGACUCAUCCAGUUUGGACUUAGAAAGCACAAUUUGCGCACUUGUGGAACGGCUUCCAUACCUGUUUUCUUUUGAAGAACAAUUGUCCAAAUCGGAAAGGAACAUGCUGAUCCAAGAAGCCCAGCAGCUUCUUACUACUACAGACAAAUUCUUGGAGUUAGUUUGUGAUAACAAAUCCCCGGAUUCCGAUCUAGAUCAAGUGGACCAUCAAAUUAGUUGCAGUGCACCGGAAACUUCUGAGUUCAGAACCCCCGAAGCUCAAAGACGUUUGGCCAGUCACAACUUCAAUCUGUACAAAGACCGUAGUGUGGAUUUGGACCAAAAAGACUCUACUCUAAAAAGGACAACUACUGUACGUCGAUCAUUCAGAUCUAUCAAAGCUUUCUUUCGACGCAACAGUUCAAAAUCUAUAGAAAAUUCCCUGGGGCCCAUUUCCAUCGAGGGUCCAUUCUCGCCCAAACAAGGAAUACCCGUGGGUUUGUAUAUGGAACAAUACUUUGGUCGCAUUGAAGCUGCGAGAAAGGUCGAAGACGAACAAAGAGGACCCUUGGAAAUGCUCAUGCGGAAAAGCAGGCCGCCCUUCUUUGCUGAGCUCAAGACCAACAAGCAGUUCAUCUCAAUAAACGAUGAUAGGGACGAUGAGGAGCUGAUUGAGCGCAAUAACGAGACCAGAAACCGAUCCAGUGACACCUCCAGUUCUGAAACCCUCUCUCUCACCAAGGAAAUGAGUGACAAAAAAGCACGUAACGCCUACAGGGGUGCCUUGGAGAUCAUGACAUCCGAGCAAAACUAUGUAUUCAUUCUAAAACUGGUGUUCUAUGACUACCGGGAUUUCAUUCUUGAAGAAAUUAGAAAAAAUCCACAACUGGUCCCGGUCCAGGAUUUCGAUCAAAUCUUUGUCAACAUGAGAGAGAUUCUGGCCUUUAACAGUGUGCUGUUAAGUGAUUUCAAAUCCCGAAUCGAAAACUGGAAUCAAAAACCGAAAAUUGCAGAUGUCUUGACGGAGAAAGGGCAAUUCCUUCGAAUCUAUUCGACCUUCAUCAAGGAGUUUUCCACCUCCAACGAGAAGUUCAAGACAUUGAAGAAUAAGUACCCAGGUUUCAAGGACUUUACCGAAAGCUUCGAGGCUAGAGAUGUCUGCGCCCAUUUAAAGAUCGAACAUUUUCUUCUGAAACCAGUUCAACGGCUUCCGCAAUACCAAUUACUUUUGAAAAAGUAUAUUGAAAAUCUAACCGAAGAUAGCCUAGACUUUCAAGACGCAAAAACUGCUUUCAGUAUCGUGGGCCAAGCUACCAACCACGCGGAUGAUAUGAAAGGACAUGUGGACAAUUUCCAAGCCAUGUUGGACCUUCAGCACCGGCUUGGCAUGGAUGAUCUCAUUCAACCCAACCGGGCACACAUCCGAAAUGGCACUUUGAGAAAACGAAAUCGUACUGGCAUUUUUGAUGACAUCUUUCUGGUGCUCGCCACCGACAUCCUGAUCUAUGCCAGACCCAAUAGCACCAUGGUUACGGACAUGGAACAAGCGCCGUUGAAGGUUAUUCACGAAAUUCCUCUAACAGAUAUGAGGGUGUCCGAGGAGGCAAACUCGGACGAGUUUCCAUGCGAUUUUCACAUUGAGUCGAGGGUCCGAAGCUUCGGCCUCAGGGCCAAGACCCGAGUCGAAAAGGAUGAAUGGGUGGCAGAUCUAGACAAAGCCAUCCGUUCCAAUUUAGAACGAAUGAAGUCGUUCCACAAAAAGUGCUUUGAGACUUCCGAUCGGGACCUGGGUGAUCUGCAACCUCUUUGGAUCCCAGAUGACCGUGUGACCAUGUGCCAAAAAUGCUUUGUUGACUUUAACUUCUUCGUCCAGCGACGACAUCAUUGUCGAUCCUGUGGGAGUGUUGUGUGUGCCUCUUGCUCAGAUUACCGCGCGCCUUUAAAGUAUGCAAAUUAUCAGGCUGAAAGAGUGUGCAGCUUCUGCCACGAAUAUUUAAUGAGAAAGAUGAAAGAAGACAAAGACCUUAAAAAAUAUGAAAGCAAAUUCUCUGGUUCUCGUAAGAGCUUCAGCUCUUCCAAAGAUCCUCCAAUGCGUCUUCUUAUGAAGGGAAGUGACAAACGCUUAAAUACAACAGGAUUUUUGCAUAAGAAAGCCAGCAAAACCGGGAAAUGGAACAAACUUUGGUUCGGCCUCCAGGGCAACACCCUUUACACAUUCAAGGCACAGGACGAUCCAAAGGCAGCCCAAAGCACGCCAAUACUUGGAUACGAUUUAAUUCUCAAUAGCGAGGUCGGGAACGAGAAAAAGGCAACUUUUCCCCAAGGCCAAUGCUUAACGUUGUCGCACGUUAGCGGUGAUUCCAUCUUUCUCUUUGCUGAAAACGAGGAUACCUCAGAAAAAUGGAUCAAAGCCUUCACGGACUCGAUUCGCUUGCAUACAGAAAAUGAUCAACCAUCCUGAAACAUAGAAUCAAUGGUGAAGGGCUUCCUUUACCCUCAGCCAUUGACUUUUGGAAAUGACCUACCGUACAGUGUUUAGCAUUCAAACUUUAAGGUAAAUAAAACCAGUUAUUUGUUAACUAUCCAUUCUAUACCACAAUCAUUGUAAUGGAAAAAAAUGAUCAUGACCACUAAUCAGAGAUCAUCCUUGACGAGAAAUUCACCACUUGAGAACAAUAAAUUUGAUGUGAUAUA